AUGCAGCCGUACGCGCUGGCUGGCGAUAUCGAAUCCAUUCUCGGCAUCUCCUUCUACGCAAGUGCGGCUGGCGUGCCGCUUGCACCUGCCAUCCACAGCACCAUCUUUGCCACGCUGCUGCGAGCGGACCUUGAGGAGCCCAGCAAACGGCGUCUAUGCCCAACACGAAGCGGGCUCUUUCGCGUGCGCUUGCCUCUGCAGGAGCACCACUCAUGGCACCACCCCGCAACACCGGGUGUUGUGACCGAUACUGGCACGCGCCCUGGGGCCCAAGGCACCAAGGCACCGCGACCCGGCACAGAGCAGCCGUGCAUUGUGUGGGUGAGUAACAAAGGUGAUCGCAGUGGCAGCAAUGGCAGCGACCGUGGCAGUGGUGGCCGCGGCGGAGACCACAACGGUGCGAAAGAGAAGCAGCAAGAUGGGGAGAACGCGCCAGCAACGAUCAAAGGUGGUGAUGGGAAGGGCGGCGGCGGUGUUGAUGGAGAUGGAGGCGCAUCAGGCCGCCCAGACAGUCGCGAGAGAAGACGCGCGUCCAUCCUCAUCCUGGAUAUGGAGCGGGUUGGCAAGCAACACAGAGCGCAUCUUCGUCACGCAACAACCGGCGUGGCAGGCGAGGACGGGUGCCGGGUGCAAGGGGCACGCGGUCGGCGUCCAAGUGCCCGCACACGCCCAGUCAACAGCAACAACAACAACAACAACAACAGCGAUGCCCGUCAAGUGACGAUGAAGCAGCAACAACAGCAACAACAACAACAGCAACAACAACAACAACAACAACAACAACAACAACAACAACAACAACAACAACAACAACAACAACAACAACAACAACAACAACAACAACAACAACAACAACAACAACAACAACAACAAGGACCACAUGACCACUGGGUUGGUGAGGGUCAGCCGAGCGAGAUGCGUGCGCUGGACAGAAUCGAGCAUCGGCAGCGUGCCGGCAAGCACGCGCAUGACGAAAGUGGCGACGGUGGUAGUGUUGUUGAUGACCACAACGAUGAUGACGAUGACGACGACGACGACGACGAUGAGUAUGACGAGUAUGAGUUUGCGCCAUGGGGUGGUGGUGAUGGGGAUGAGGACGACUACGACAGGGCAGGCAGCCGGUUUGCACGUGCCGGCGGUGCAAGGGGUGGUGGUUAUCGGGACGAGUUUGAGGACGGUGGGGAGCAGGACAUCUGGGGGGAGGGCUACGAGUAUGGCUUUGGGGAUGGUGCCGGUAAUGACGAGGGCGAUAGCAGCGAUGGCCACCAUGACGGUGACCUGCAUGAGGGCGAUGAAGAUGUGCUGGAACAGCCGUUCCACAGCGUGAUGUACUGUGGCGAGCCGGAGUACUUUCGCACCGACGAAGACAGCUCUGACGUGUACCAUCGGCUUGAGCGCCACUUUGAUCGCCACCAUCGCCUCCGUGCAGCGCAGGCGACACACGCGCUGCUGCGUGACCACCCAGCCAUCUAUCAAGCCCUGAUGCGUGAUGCGCACGUUGAUUUCCUCGACACGGGCCUGGACCCCAGCACAGCGCACACGCUGCGGCGACCGUCUUUGUUUGCUGCUGGUCACGUCGUGCACGGCAGUCCAAGCCUGAACACGCACCUGCGCUCGCUUGCCGAUACUGGCGAUUACCACACGGUUCACCGCGUGCUGGAAGCCAUGUAUUUCACCCACACCCCCAUCACACCAGCUUGCCUCAAAUCGCUUCUCAAAGCACACAUUGUCGCCACCACCCUGAACUAG